CUUUUUUUUAAUUUACCUGUUUUUAUUGAUAUAAAGUUAACAUGUAAAACAGGUAAUACAAUUUGCAAGUUAGAUAUUGCAGCUAAAUGCACUCCGUGUGGUACUUUUCACUCCCCUGAUCAGGUAUAAAAUGCUGAUUUUGAUCCUAUGAUUUAUACCCCCAAAUCCAUAAAGUUCAUAUUAUUACUUGAGCUAUGAAAGUUGAUAACUAUCAACCUAAACAAGACAUCGAAUCUCGCUUAUGCCAAUUGAAUGGGAUUUUGACUCACCUAAAAAUACAUAUCACAAAUGUAUGUACCUUGCCUGAUUUCCAACCUGAAUCCAUGCAAAAAGAUCUCACUGGUGACUGUCUUGUUGUUCGUUUACUUUUAGAUUAUAACAUUCAAUUGAGUGAGUCCGAACAAGCUUUACUUGCAAAAAUAAAUAAGUUGUCCAAUCUUUUGAUACUCAUGAUUGAAGAGAGACAGAGAAUUCGAAUAAUCUUUGACCGAACUCCAAGAACACUUCAAGCCCAAACUGUAGUAGAAGAAGCAAAUAAGAUAUCAGAUGCAUCUGACAAAAAAAUUUCAUUCGAAGUGUUGACACAGAGUGAUAUAUCUAAAGGACCCAAGACCAAUCGCCUCCAGGAUCAUCAAGUGCUGAUAUUGAAUGAGUGGUAUGGCCGUAAUAAAAAGCAUCCUUAUGUUGAUGAAAAUUCUUUAAAAUAUUUGAUUGAAAAAACGAGAUUGUCUGAAACUCAGGUUAGAAAUUGGUUUUCCAACAAAAGAAGAAAGCAUAGAUCAAACAAAGUUUCCCAUGAACUUGAACCCCUUUUAAGCUAAGCUGGGGAGUGAAAUUU